AUGGCUAUUGGUAAGCCGAAUGCCCCAGUCUGCCCGGCUGUGUCAGCCAGGGCGAAACCAGUCAGGGUGCGAUCGCCAAUAUCAAGGAGGCUAUUGAAGGAUACAUUAACAUUCUUGAAGAUGCUGUCCUGCCGGUCCCGGAGGAACGCUUUGAGAUGUUAG